AUGUCUGCUCCCCUCAUGGAUGGUGUUCAAGCCACUGGAGAGUACACUUCCUCGCGCAGUGAGCUCGCAGCAUCGAACGAGCCUGGGACAUCUCAACGCUCGUCCAUAGCCUGCUGCGUGGAGCGUGGAAAUAAAGGGUUUCUCCUCCUUUUCGCCCUACAUUCAGGCAGACUUGGGAAAGAGCGGCGACCACGUCCAGUUGUGACGGACAUUAUGAUUGCGCUGUCGGAUGCUCGUGUUUCUGGUCAGUGGCUAUGUGCGAUCUUCCUCAGCCUGGGCUGCUUCCUACCGUCGUGCUUGCCCGCGGGACAAACUGUGGACUAUUCCUCCGUGGAAAGUGUGGUCAGCAGGCAAGGCGACACGGCUUUACUCAGGUGCUACCUGUUAGAUGGAAUCUCAAAAGGAGCCUGGCUGAACCGCUCAAGCAUAAUUUUUGCAGGGAAUGACCAGUGGUCUGCCGACCCACGCGUAUCCAUUGUGUCCAGCGUUGGAGACAAGCAUGAGUACAGCCUUCAGAUACAGAAGGUGGAUGUAACGGACGAUGGUCAGUACACAUGUUCAAUUCAAAGUGAGCGCAACCCACGGCCUAAACUGCUCAACCUCAUUGUAAAAGUUCCUCCCAAGAUAUAUGACAUUUCCUCUGACAUCACGGUAAACGAGGGCAGCAAUGUGUCGCUCAUCUGUACAGCCAGCGGGAAACCUGAGCCAGCCAUUUCCUGGAGACACAUAACCCCAUUAGCCAGGAAGUAUAACAGCGGUGAAUAUCUUAACAUCAGUGGAAUCACAAGGGACCAAGCUGGAGAUUAUGAAUGCAGCGCUUUAAAUGACAUCGCCUCUCCUGACACCAAAACAGUAAAAGUCACAGUCAACUUUGCACCAUCCAUCCAUGAGAUGAAAAGCCAUGGAGUUGGUUUGGGACGAACUGCUCUGCUGAGGUGCGAGGCAGCUGCUGUGCCUUCACCCACAUUUGAGUGGUACAAGGGGGAGAAAAGGAUUAUCAAGGGCCAGGGCAUCGACAUCAAGAGCCUCAGUUCCAGAUCAGUCCUCACGGUGACCAACAUGACAGAGGAUCGUUACGGGAACUACACGUGCGUCGCCACCAAUAAGCUUGGGACCACUAAUGCCAGUGUGCCUCUCAUCCCACCCAACACUGCGCCCUAUGGGAGCACAGGAAGCGCGCACGUCCCGCUGGCCUGCCGGUACCUGGUCCUGGCUCUGACCACCUUGAUGGCCGCGUACUAGCGGCAGAGCAGCGAGCAAAGUGACUGUCGAGAGCAUUUACAAGUCUUCGGUGACAUCGCCCAUGACUGGAUUCCAAACGGGUGCAGUUUGUUGCAAGGCAAAGAGGGGAAAAUAAUAAUUAUUUUUCUUUUUUUUUUGUCAUAGUGUAAAUACUAUUUGUUGUUUUCUUUCUUUGCAUUUUCAUUUUCUGAUUGAUGGAUGAAUCCGCCCCUCUCCCUCCUUGGCGUCCAAUCGUAUCAAACGCUCAACUUCACUCACUUGACAUUUGCAUCUGUUUAUCUCUCUCACGACGAUAAAGAAACAACUGUGCCAAUUCUCUCAGUACACGUGAUUACCAUAACAAUGAUCAUUUGAAUGUAUUGUGGGUGGCUGAAUGGAAGAAAAUACUCAUUUUACUAUAAAAAAACAACAACAACAAAAGCAGUAGUCAUUUUGUUUGCUUUUAGUUAGCGUGCCUGUUUAACAGCUUGAAUCAGGUAGUCAAAGUAGAAAAGUUACCUGUAACAUAUCUGUAUCUUAACAAGUUUAGUUUUUUGUUUGUUUUUUUGGGGGGGGGGUACUUCAAUCAAAUGACUAUGUACAGAUGACGAAAGGAACAGUCGCCUUGCUUCUCCUCGCAGAUUUGUCACAAACUUGUCACAUUUCGUAAAGGUCUGUUUCAGUCAAGAGGAAAAUACCAACCUCGCGUGCUUUGCCUGCAUCUUAAUGAUUUCGUGAUUCGUUGUUUGUAUUUUGGGCAAGGUGGGAGUGCUUCAUUCCCUUUUCUUGUACAAAAGAGUUCCUAAAGGAGUUCUCAAAAGAUGGUUAUGUUACGCUACCUGCUGCAUUCAAGACUGGCAGGUCGAGAGAUGCUACUUAGAAUACAUGAAUUACGACCCCCAAACGUUUUAGCUGAAUGCGAACAAAAAAAAAUAUAUAUAUAUAUAUAUAUAUAUAUAUAUAUAUAUAUAUACACACACACACACACACACACACACACACAGUUCCAGGCAACACCAGUUGUAUGAAAUAGCAAUUUCUAGUAUAGCCAAUAGUUUGUGUAGCGUGUUAUUGGGGACCGCCAUAGUUGUGUGACAUCAAGCUACUGCAUCUCAUGCAGUAAUAAAACAUAGCUUUGCCCUGACUUCCCUAGUUGGAACCAACUUUGAUUACCAAUUUUCGCAUUUCCCUGUAAUGCAGCAUUUGUACCGAAACAACACUGUUAUUGCCGCACAUUAUCCGGAAAUAAACAAAUUUUGCAGAAAAUGGUUACACGAAUUAACAAGUGAUUUCUAGAAACGUAUCAAUAAAAACCCGCUCACAUUUCAACCCAAAUAUGUACGAUGAUUACAGCUAAAAACUGCAUAGCAACUCAAGCUUGACUCAUCCAUAGAGUAAGUGAAUGUCCAUGAAGUCAAACUAAAUCGAGUGUUCUAUUUUGUUUCAUUUUGUAAACUGAACCUGGUAACUUCUGACUUUCUGUCUAUGGCAUAAUCAUCCUCCAGUAUCUAUCAAUCUACAGUGUAAGAAGAUACUGUAAUGCCUUAAUAGCAACAUACUCACUGAAGGACAUUUGGACGAGCCACUAAAUGUUUGUUUAAGAGACUAUAUUACUGAAUGUUCCAUCCGAACAAAUAGUCGAAAUUAGACAAGCGAGGACAAUUUAUUGAGUUGUCGUUGUGUUAAACUCCCAGUAUCCUCACAUGAACUUGAAACUGCAAAUCUUCUAGCGAAAUAGCCAUGGCAGUUAAAAGACUUUAAAGCACAAACACUGUUAUUGCUUCUACGUUUGGUUCUGUGGUGAUUUCUUUUUCUUGUUAGCUUGUUUAACAAAUUCUAAACAUUUAAAAAAAAAAUGAAAAACCUGCACCAUAUGGUCUUGUUUAAAUGUUAAGCUACAAUGAACAAUAAGUGAGGAACGUAUUUAUUCACUUCCUUUAUACGUAAAAACAGUGUAUAAAAGUACAUUUGAAACAACCGGUUGGUUAUGUGACGCUCAUUUGAUUUGAAUGGGCACAGUGUUGCAUUGAUUGAGGUGUGUUUAUUUGUCGGGUAAAAGAACAAAUGUGUGCAAUCAACUGAGCUCCUUUUUGAAGCGGGGAGAGGGCGUGCACCGAUAUUACAGUAUUGUAGAACAGACUCAAUGGGUGUGUAUAUGUGGAGAAAAUAUAGGUACAUUCGUAUCUUUAGAGCCUGUGCGUGUAGUCCUAGUUUUCACACACUUGACUCUUUGACGUCCAGAGUGUGCUUGUGAUGCAUGUUGACAUGAAAUAUCCGCCAUUUAUUGUUGAUUUGUUCAUUUUAUUUUAUAUCACAGUCGCCUAUCGUUACCCUGCAAAUUUUUGUGACGCAUUUGAUGAAAGCCGGAAAUUUUGCUAGCAGUAAUCACCUGCUAGUACAGUGGUGCCUUGAUAUACGAGUGAUCCAACUUACAAGUUUUCCGAGCUACUCGCCGUUAUUUGGCUAAUUGUUUGCUUUGACUUGUGGACAGAAAUUUGAAAGACGAGUGAUCUCAACUCAGCUCACUUAACAACAACCAGCAGUUUAGCAUAGAACAAUUUGUCACAAAAAAAAAAAGAGGAUUCAAGCUCUUUAAUACCACUCCUAAUUCAAGUAAAACAGACAAUCCAUGUAUAUUUUUAAAAAACAACAUCAUUUUACCUUUAAGUCCGCUAGCUUAAUGCUCACACACGUGCACACAUAGACCUCUCGUGGUGUUCCAGCAAAGUGCCCUUGAGACCAUUUUGUUUUCUUUACUCAUCAAUAUUAAAAAAAAAAAAACAAAACACACACACACACAAAACUCUCUGUCAUCAACUCCCCCCAAAAGUGUUGAUGGGUUUAUAUUUGAGUUCUUGUGAGAAUUGCGCCUCUCGCUGAGCCCCCGUUAUACGAAUAGGCAUGUAUAGAUUUUUAUAUUCAUUGUAGCUUCCCUUCACCUCCUUUGUAAAUAGGUUUAUUGAUAUACAGACAUGAAUACCUAAUUUAACUAUAUGUACUCUUCUUAUUUUAUUAUUAUUAUUGUGUGUAUAAUUUUGGGAAAGGGUGGCCUUUGUUUGGGGGGGGGGGGCUUGAUCACCUGCCUCCAUAAAUGUCUGUGCACAUGCCUGCUAUAACGCUUUAAGCAAUGGAUAUUUGAACUCAAAUGGUGCUGCAACACAUGUAGACUGAUAAUAUGCCAAUACUCACAAGCAUAUAUUUUUAUAUUUUUUUUAUAUUAUAUUUUAAUUUUUUAUCCUCUGUGAAAACUAAUAUUCUUGCAGAUUACUGAGUCACCUACAGCAGUUGAGUGAAACUCUUCUAGAUUUGUCGGCAUCACUGUAUUGUGUUGCCACCCAGUGGUCAAGUCAUGUACACCAGGAGCCGCAGGAAUUGAUCAUGACGUACAAACUGUUUAAUUCUUUAAAUUCUAUUUGAUUCUGUUAUUACCGUUCAUAUAAAAUACAAUGUUAUAGAGUGCCAUUUGUGAGUGCUCAUUUGUUGUUUUUUGGGGGGGGAGGCUGGAACGUAUUAAUGGUCUUGGCAUUCAUUUCAAUGAGGAAAGAUGAGUUGAGAUACCUGCGAUUGGCUGGCAACCUCCUGCCCGAUGACAGCUGGGAUAGGCUCCAGCACGCCCGCGACCCUAGUGAGGAGAAGCGGCUCAGUAAAUGGAUGGAUGGAUGGAUGGAGUUGAGAUAUGAUUGUUUUGUUUUACGUGUGGUCACAGACUGUAUUAGUUCUCAAGGCACCACUGUAUUCCACAUCAAAUGUACUGGAUGUUGAAUAUUUGCGGGGAGAAAUGGUAUAAAUGGUAUUCCCUUUUAUUAAUUCAAUCUUAUUUGCAAUAACAAACAAAAAAAAACGUCAUGUUCCGAUCCUUAAACCUAUAUGUGAGUUCAUAAACGCUCAUAGGGGUUAGUCCCAGUGUAGCUGCUGAGUCAUGUUUAUCGUGGCAUAUCAUGCAUAUUUGUCGGCCCUCCUCUGUGCCCUCGAACACUUUGUGCAAAUACUCGGCUGAGCCCAGAUGGCCAGAUGCCACAGUGCACACAGCAUAUAGGAUUAUCCUGCUUUUGCGCCCGCCGUCAUUAUUGACUGCGCUGUUAGUCGCUAAAUCUUCUGGCAUAUUUACAAACAUAAGUCACGGUUUAUUUCAUCCCGGAAUGCAUUGAGGAGGGACUCAGAUUGUAUUUCGUUUGCACAAACUACAAUCACAUGAUGUUGAACUCGCGGUGUGCUCCAUCGGGCUGUUUCAUGAUGGUCUCCAGUCCAAAUUAAAAUGUUGGUUUACAACCGGAAAGUGCACUGCCUCACCUCCCUGCUAACAUCAGAAAUCUCAUUGAAAUAAAUUCUUGCAUGUAGAGGAGGCCCACGCUUGAAGUUUGAAAUGAGCCAUCUCCAUACACUGUAUCGGGAUCCAACCGAUGCGUUCAAAUGUAUACAAACCAGAAGUACUGUACUGAAUGUGCCUUCAAGUAUUUUGUCAAACACCACUAGGACGGAAGUAGACCUUUCAUUAAUCCACAUUUACACCAAGCAGUGUGUUUUAGUUUGGGAACUCUUGAUCGGGCUUGUGAUUCCUCUGUGACGUGUGUAAACGCUAGCGAUGGGCAUAAUAAUUCAUGAAUUAUUCUCAAGAAUUUGAUCAUUUGGGUGGAAUCUGAGACAAAAUGGAGUGCACUACUUGGAUGGGAUCUAAAGAAGCCCAACGUGACGUCAGCUAUGGGAAGUUAAGCUACGUACAGAUGAUGUAGCGCUACAACCUGGGUAGCAAUAUUCUUAACACGGUACUAGCAUUACAUAAAAAAAAUGUCCAAAAAAAAUAGUGCUGGCAUGAUCCUUCAAAAUUCUUAAACAAGCGCCUCAAUGUCAUAAUAAGUUGUUUUUUUUUCAAUGCAGGUUUUUAUUACCUUCCUUGUAACAAGGAAGUGACACCUCUCUGUGGACCAAUCAUUGGACAGCAGUGUUCCUAGCUCCGCCCUCCACUACUGAACGGCGCUAUGCUGUGCUUAAAAGUGGGUCGCUACAGUUCUUAAUUUUUGACAACAGAAACGCCCAAAAAAUAGCGGACCGAGCUGAACGGUGUGAAGAAAACGAGCUACAGUUAUAUUAUGUGCAGUCUUGCGGUCACCGUCGUUUACUUUCACUGAUAAUGGAUGGAAUUAUUUCCAUAAAUAAUUUGACCUCUUUUCAAUUUUUAUCAAUUUACACGUUUGUGCGAUAGCAUCAUAAUUAUGUUCCCCUUUAAUUAGAGCCACAAAUGUGCUUCGCAGUGACCUUUGCGCACUUAAGGGAGCGCAAGAAGAAAUAAAAUUGCAAUUUUACUAAAUUGGAUUGCAUUUUCAUCAAGCUGAUAUGCCUCCAAAUACCAAGCACCGCAUGUGUUUGCCCUCAAUAUUAGUUAUGCAGGGUUCAACUCCUUUUUACAGUAGACUUGUACUCCACAAAUGCAUUUCGUUUCUUUCUGUUUAAGGUGAUUGACACACCGUACCUGACAGUUCCCUUCCGUGCAGCUGCAAAUAGUGUAUUAUAAAAUAAACAAUGCUUCUUGGAGACAGUAGGUUUCAACACACAGCAACAACAACUCCACCCGUCAGACUUCCUCGACAGUAGCGCGUACAUUACAAUGUGGGGAGGUGAGAUGGCACUUGACGAACCGAUCGGAGAUUCCACACCAGGUGAUGCGUUGCUGUUUACAAAAAGAGUAUUAGGGUCACACACACACAACAAAAUAAUAAGAAUUUUAAACCAUUACUGAGAACAGCGGACGUUGAAUAAAGUUAUAAUAUUUAGAGGGGGAAAAACAAAGUUGUAGUAAGAUAUUCAAAUCAGAGUAUUAGUCAGAGGCCAGCGCUUGAAAUGUUACAAGAAUAAAUUCUUAGAGAGAAUUGAUUGUGAAACAUGUAACUUGACUUCAUCCUAAUGCAAGUAGGUGUUUAUGGUCGUAAUAUUGUGACUGUAUUAUACUACCAUCAUGUGAUAAUAUUUUAGGAUUAUGACUUCUUUCUCGGGAGAAAUAUUGUUCUUUUGUGGAAAUAUUACCACUUUUUUUUUGUCUGGUAACAUCGUUCAUUUUUUUCUCAGACAAUUUUAUUUAUUUUUUUAGUGUGGCCCUAAUGCUUCUUCGUAGCUUUAAAAUAGCAAAGUGAUUUGAUGCUCCUACUGUGCACUUCAGGUGGAUUUAAAAUUGCGUUGUCCAGCAAGUAAAUUAGGACUGCGUGGUUUUUCGUAUCCAUUAUUUGUUAUUAUUGAUUUGAUUUGUUUUAUUUUGUUAUUAUUGUUAUUGGAGUGGGGUUGGCUGUGUUGUUAAUAGACCCUCCCCCAUGCCUUUAAUUUGGGGAGAUAUUGUUGCAUUCUGCCGCCUGCCUCUGCAGCAGUCACAUUGCACCUCACUGAGCAGCAUACUGAGUUGUGAACAUCGAAAGAACAACACAAACACACUCACUUGGUGCACAUGUUUGUCACGUGGCAGAUUGCAAUAAGUCCUUCUGUCAAACACAUGGGGAAGACAAAAUGUAGUUUCUCCACCUCCAAGCAAAAGAAGUGGGUGAAAUAUAUAUAUCAUUUUAUUUAUUUAUUUUUAAAUUGGUGUAUGCUAGUGUGGCAGCUGCCAUUGUUGGAGUGGACGUUUGAAAAGCAUUCGUCAACUGAGACGUGAAAAAUAAGUCACCGGCUGUUCAUGGAACUUUAAAAGAAAAUGAGGAACAGUCAAUGUAUUGCUGCUGUGUGCACUAUUAGGUUUGUUUUCAAUGCUCACAAAUGCACCACACAUCACUUUGCAGCAACAUUUUGUUCUCGGUGGAAAGCAGGGGUGGAGGACCUUUUCAUCCGGCCUGCUGUGCAAUUCUGAAAACAAAUAAAACGUCACAGGAACUGUUAUAAAAAGCCCCCAAAAAUAUAACACAAAACUUUGCGUCAUAUUUUUUCAUACAUUUACGAUGGCCCUCGGAAGGCCUGAAAGGAAAAAGAUCCUCCACUCCUGCUCCCUCAUACAAAUACAACAUACUGUAUGUAUUUCUGAGGUUUUUUUUUGUUAAACACACACACACACACACACACAUACACACAAACAAGUACACAUUUAAUGGUGUUUGUUCAAAAAAUGUGGCUGGACGUUCUUAUUCCGUGGGCACCAUAUGAUCAACUCACAUUUUUAUUAUUUAAUGUUGAAAAUAUGAUGGUAUUACUUUAGAAAUGUUGUGAGGAGAAUGGAAAUGUUUACUCCAACGUGUUUGAAGGUCCUUUAGGUGCCGGUUGUACAUUUAUAGGCUCUAAAUCACUGGAAUGAUACACAUAAGUGGCAUUGAUAUACCUAUACCUAUAUAAAUAUAUUUAAAUAUAUAAAUAUAUAUUGAUAUUUGUCCCAAUACAAGAAAAUCCAUGUACAUUAAUUGAUUUAAAGCUUACAUUGUGUACAGUAUAGCACGUAUGCAAGUCCAUUUUCAUCAUGUUCGAUGUAAUUUUGUAGCAGUGGUUUGAUACUAAUAAAUGGCAGUCGA